AAGAGAUUCUGGACUCUGGAAUUAGACAAUAGGAAAACAACUCUUCAAGUCUCAUCUCAUUUUCUUUGUUUAGCAAAUUAUACUAUUGUUAUAUUAAAUCAAAUUGCCUUUCUACAUGAUUAUUAUUAUUUAAUCUCACCAGUAAAGUUCCCGUCAUCUUUAUUUAAUUAAUUCUUUUUCCAAUUCCUCCUUUAUUGAAUUUGGGGGAUCAUCCCCCCAUAUCCUAUGUCUUUCCUUCUCCAGCUAUUAUAUUCUCCCCCUUUCCUUUCUCUCUUAUAUAGCCCACCUCCACUUCUAUAUAAUCAAAUUAACUUUAGUGGUCAGAGAGCAAAAAAAUCAUCCUCAUCAGGCAAAUCGCAACAAAUUAUAAUAAGCAAAAUUUCAAGUUGGUUCAUUUCUCAGCACCAAUAUUCAAAAAAUGGGAAGAGCACCUUGUUGCGACAAAGCCAAUGUGAAGAGAGGUCCAUGGUCACCUGAAGAAGAUGCUAAACUCAAAUCCUACAUUGAUGAAUUUGGCACUGGCGGCAACUGGAUUGCCUUACCCCAGAAAAUAGGUCUGAAGAGAUGUGGGAAAAGUUGUCGGCUAAGAUGGUUGAAUUAUCUGAGGCCAAACAUAAAGCAUGGCGGAUUUUCAGAAGAAGAAGACACCAUAAUCUGCAGCCUCUAUAUGAGCAUAGGAAGCAGGUGGUCUAUUAUCGCGGGACAGCUGCCGGGGAGAACUGAUAAUGACAUAAAGAACUACUGGAAUACGAAGCUGAAGAAGAAGUUACUGGGCAAAACUCGCAGCAAGGAUCCAAGGCCUCGUUCAUUUCCCAAAAGAAAGCAGAAUUUAGUAACUUCUGAAGACAUCAGUUUAUACAAUUCCAUCCCAAAUCCACAGAUGAUGGCCUUCCCACCACCAUCACUACUUCAUGUUCCAAAGCUUGAACAACAACAACAACAACAACAACAACAACAAGCCGUCCAUUUCCAAGAUCCUCACCAGCCUUCUUCUUUCACAAACUUGGGGUACUUGGAACAAGGGAAUUGCAACAUUAUUAGUAAUAAUAAUAUUACUAAUAAUAACUAUCCAUAUGAUCAGGAUGUCACACUUUACCCAUAUCACAAUAUUACAAUUACAAACAAGGAGAAUAUCUCUUCUUCAGCUGCUACUUCCUUCAAUUCCAACUACAGCUACCCCGCCGCCGGGGGGUUUGAUUACGAGGCGAUUUCUUCAGACCUAGCUGGUGGUGUUCCGUACUUCCCCGGAGAAAUAUUCGAGAAUGAAAUGAAUUACGGUGUGAAUAAUAAUCAUCUGGAGAUGGUUCACAACAACAGAAGCACAAUCACCAGCUGUUCAACUUCUCCGGCGAGUUCCACCAGUUGGCAAGCUGAUCAUCAUCAUCAUCACGUCACUAAAAACAAUCUCACUAAUUAUUCUCCUUCUUCCAUGGCCUACAAUUACUACCACCAAAUCAUCUACCCGGAAUCCUCCUCUGUUCCACAAGGCUUUCUGUUUCACGAAUCCAGCCAUUUCACUAUGCAGCCCCAAACUGUAUUACAACAAUGAUGGAUAUGUGAUAUUUGUUCGUCCUUUUUUUUUUUUUUUGUUGCUCUCUUAUUAGCUUAAUUUAGAAAUUUAAGGGCUUACUUAAUUAGCUUCAAAUACAUUUAUUCUUUGUAUCUUAAUAAGUCUUGCUUGUUGGGAUUCGUAUAUUUUUUGUAUUACUUCUUUGAUUAUUUUGUUACUUUAAUAGAUACGGAAUUUCACUGAAGCGCCUCUAUCAUCUUCCAAGUAUUUCUGAUUCUGGUCUUUUAUUUCACUAUCUGUACGUGCGUUACGUACUUCUGGUUUAAUUCGUCUGCAUGCGGCCAUAUUGCUUCUGGAUUACUCUUCACCUAGUUUUUAUUGAUUCUAUUUGAUCAGUACGGUUACAAAACAAGUUUGCAUUAUGUGGAAUGGGGUAAAUUUAAUUAAUGUGUAGUAUCUUUUUCGGAUAAAAAGAAGGGGGAAUGAUUAAUUAAUAAUGAAUUACAAAAUGGGCUUACAUAAUUUUUGGCAACACAUCGAUGGAGGGAUCUAAGAAAAUGGCACCAUCUCUUUAGGCGUUUUCUUCCUUAACUCUUAUUGCAACAACAGGAAAGAGCUAUCUGUAUAUAGUGUUAGCAUUUGU